AUGACUGCAAAAAUAGCAACGGUUCGAAAGAACAAGGAAGGAUUCACUCCAAGACAAGUCAAGGCUGCGAUGGAAGCGAGAAGUGCUAUGCACAUACUCAAUGCUCCAAGCACCAAGAGUCUGAAGUAUGCAAUCCGAUCUGGUCUCAUCAAGAACUGUCCUAUCACUGAAGAAGCGAUCAAUCAUGCCGAAGCAAUCUUUGGACCUGACGCCUCUACACUGAAAGGCAAUAUAUAUAUAACUGAUGCAUUAAUCGUAUUAAAACUAUCUCAAGUUUCUAGAUUGCCGUUAACGGCUGUCAUGGCCAUUUACCAUACGGAG